AUGUCUCUCCCCGAGGGCUCCACACCCGUCUGCGUCUUCGCCGUGUACUCGACCGCCGCCGCCAGCGUCGGUACCGCCCUCGCAAAGAACGGCUACCCGCUAGUCUAUGGUGGUGGCCGCCGUGGUCUGAUGGGCGUCGUCUCGUCCUCUGCCCUCGAGGCCGGCGGCCGCGUCCACGGCAUCCUUCCCCGCGCGCUCAUGGCCAGGGCAAGCGAGCACACCCCGACCCCCUCUCGCGAUCCGUCUUCUCAGCCUCAGCCCGCCGUCUCCGCCGAGGGUGUCGGCAAGGACCUCCUGGCGGACACGCACGGCGGUCUGCUCUCCAUGGAGGUAGUCGGGAGCAUGCACGAGCGCAAGGCGAAGAUGGCCUCUCUGUCGACGGGCGGCUUCGUCGUCCUGCCCGGAGGCUAUGGGACAUUCGAGGAGCUGCUCGAGAUGGUGACCUGGAACCAGAUCGGGAUGCACUCUUUGCCCGUCGUCGUGCUCAACGUCAAGAACUUCUACACGCCCCUCCGCGCGCUGCUCGAGGGCGGCGCCGAGUCCGGAUUCAUCAAGAAGGAGAACCUCAGCCUGCUCAGGAUCGUCGACCUUCCCGGGGGAGCGGAGGCGAAUGCGGACGAGGCCAAGGCCGAGGAGUGGGGAGAGGCGGCCAUCCGGGCGCUCAAGGAGUGGCACAUCCCGUCCACCGUCGCGAGCACACCGAGCAACACCGACGUGUCCCUCUUCACAACAGGACGAUACACCUACGUCCCCGCCCGGCCGCUGACGGAGAAUGCGGUGCCGCUGUGGAGCUACCAUGUGCGCAGGCUACGCACGGCGCACGCCCACUUUGCGGCGCGGGACAGGAGUUGGGGCACGUACCCCGGCGACGCGGCUGUGUGGGCUGCCGUGAAGGCGGCUCUGGAGCCAUUGCAGCCGAGCAACGGGGCGGACUGGCGCGUGCGUAUCGUCAUGUCCCGUCCCACCUCUGGGGACGUCGCCACCGUCCGUGUCGAGACGCCCCAGGCUGCCCUGCCCCCCUUCACACUGCGCAUCAAUGAUGACCUGUUCAAGCGCAAGUUCUGGGUCGACACUUUGCCCACCCCGGCGCCGGAGAGAGAUCAGGUGGAUCUGAGGCGGUACAAGACGACAAGGAGGGAGGUGUAUGAGGCCGCUCAGGCGCGCUUUGCCGAUAAGGAGGCACAUGCUGAGGUUCUCCUUUGGAAUGAGAGCGGGGAGGCGCUCGAGGGGACGACGAGCAAUUUUGCUAUCCUCUCGCCGAAUGGGUGGGUGACGCCCAAGAGCCGCGACAUUCUGCCAGGCACGGCGCGCGCUGCUUUGUUGGAUGCUGGGGAGAUUACGGAGGUGGACCGGAUCUCGGUGGACGAGGUGAAGCAAGCAGAGAGGGUGGUCUGUUUCAAUGGCCUUCGGGGCGUGUGGCAGGCGGAGGUGGUGUAG